AUGAUGACUGGUGCGGUCUGUGACGCUCUGAUGGAUAUAAUGCCCGCCUUCGACAGGAUAUCGGUGUUACGGUUCACAGCCGACAAGAGCGGGGAGGUAAUCCAUGAGACCAUCCUACCGGGGUCGAGGGUCACCUCCUCCUACAUGGGUCUCCGUUUCCCGGCAUCUGACAUCCCUCCUGUGACGCGGAAGAUGCUCAGGCUGAAUGGCGUGCGGUUCAUUGCCGAUACUUCCGCGCCAGGCGUGCCGAUAGACCUCCUCCACGAGCGAAUCUCCACAGCCCUCGAUCUUUCGAUGAGCGCACUGCGAGCGUCUUCCAGUUGCCACCUAGACAAUCUCAAGAACAUGGGAAUAAAAUCAUCGCUAGUCGUGGCCAUCAUUGUAGACGACGAGCUGUGGGGGAUCUACUCCUUUCAUAGUUAUACGCGGAUCGUGGCCCCAUCAUGCGAAGAGCGAAGCACGGUAGAGACGGUGGCUGCGGUCGUGUCCUCGCUGAUCUCGCUGCACCAGCGAAAGGAGAUCACAGCGGCCACUCUGGCUGUAUCGCGCACGUUAGCAACAAUCAGCAAUUAUAUGAGGGUCGACGAUUUCCUCACGGCAGAGUCCGAGACGCUCCUGGACACCCUUGCCGUAGACACCGUCGUCCUGUAUACAGCCUCGCGACCCGUGGCCGUCCACGGAAACAAGGAGAUAUCUCUCUCCCGAGGCGAGUGCCAGGACCUUAUCAAUGAGGUGAGCGCGGAGACCGCGGUUCUUUUCAAAUCACAGGAGGCUAAGGGUGUGGCGUUUUUUUCGGUGCGCUCUUUCCUCGUCGCUUUUUUGCGUGGGGCUAUCGCGCGUCACGUCAAGUGGGCCGGGAAGCCCGACACCCCACUCCUAAAUCAGGAAAUAAGCCACCCGAGAGCGUCCUUCGAAAUGAUCAUGGAGAAGGCCGAGGCGGGGUUUGAACCGUGGUCACCAUCCACUGUGGAUCUACUGGGCAUAGUGCGCCACGGAAUUUCGUCGCAUCUGUACGCGGAGGCUCUCCCAGUCGACCUGCAAGAGGUUUUCGCCCACCUGUCGCACGAACUCCGCACGCCCUUCUACGGUGUGAUGGGCUCGCUCGACAUGCUGCAGGCAGAGCAUGCCGAUAUGGACGUCGCACAACGGCACGAAGUCAUCAACUCGGCUGUGCUGUGCGGAGCAUCCAUGUUGUCCACCCUAAACAACAUGAUCGACAUCGCAAAGGAUCGGACCAACAUCACGGUGACUCGCCACCGAUUCGUCACCUCAAGACCCGUCGACCUGACGGUUGCGGCGUUGAGGCAGUUAGCCCGCCGCAUAAAACACAUCGUGCAGAUCCUGAUGUCCAACGCCAUCAAGUUUACCCCCAGCGGAGGAAAGGUGGAGGUCUCCCACUUCGUUUUUGCCUCGCCACAAGACACCGCGAACUGGUGGGCUGAGCAAACCGCCCGCUUCGACGACCACGUUUGGAUUGGGGAGUCCCCCGAAACCGACGACGUUGAACACAUGGUAGGGGUACUGCCGGGAUCUGAACCAGGAGCACCGUUCAUCUCGGCAGCGCAUCGGUGGUAUGUGUACUGCGUAAGGGACACCGGCAUCGGUAUCCAGAAGGGGGAACUCUCGCAGCUCGUGAUGGCGUACCGGCAGGUCUCGCACGGUGUUUCCAAGGAGCACCAAGGGGUUGGCUUGGGCUUGAACGUCUGCAAAAUCCACGUGGACGACAUGUUCGGGGGCCUGGGGAUCGCCUCCACGUUCUCAGACGAGGGAAAUCAGCGACGGGGCGGCACUCUUUUUGCCGUCACGCUGCCCCUGCUUUGUCCUCCGCCAGAGGAAGAGGAAGGAGCGGAGCCGGGAACCGUUUGCACGACGACGAGUCGAGUAGGAUCAGCGAACGACGAACACUUGGUGGAGACGACAAAGGCGAUGGCCGAGAUCACCAACAACCCUUCUUCCGUCUCGGGAGGCGGUGACAACGGCGACAAGGGUACCGGGCCCCACAAGAAGAUCGCGUUGUUAGUGGUGGACGACCAGAAGAUAAACAUCACGCUCAUGGAGAAGAAGAUUGCAAUGGUGUUCAAGGACAGCCAGACCGCGGUGCAGGUACUACUGGCCACCGAUGGUAAGACGGCGAUCGAAGCGUUUCAAGGGGCGCGAAGGGACGAGCCCAACAACAAUGGCAGCGCUGGCUCGGUAGUCCUGGCGGGGGUGUUCAUGGACUUGCAUAUGCCGAACAUGGACGGAAUAGAGUGCACGAGGAAAAUCAGGCAGAGCGAGGUCGAGAGAGGAUGGCUACCAGUGCCCAUUUGUGGGUUUACCGCGGACACAACACAAACUACUCGGGAGCGCUUCCAGGACGCCGGCGGCAGCGAUAUCAUCUAUAAGCCCUGGCAACCGGGGCAAGUGGAGGACGUAUGCAACGCCAUGGUGGUAAACUCUCUUCAAAAGGGGAGCAACGGGGCGGCGGGGACUGGGACUGAAGGCGGAGCGUGA